AUGGCUGCCAGUCUCUCUGGAAUGAGUCUGGCCAUCUGGAUGAUCGUCUUCACUGGCGUCACCACCCUCGUCAUGGCCCUACGCCUAUGGGCCAUCCACAUCACUCGCAAGGGCUUCCAACUGAGUGAUUACGCUAUCUUAGUAGCAUAUGUCAGCGCCUGUACCAUGGCGGCAUUGGCCUGGUGGGCCAUUGCCAACGGUCUGGGUUCGCAUACGAACGAACUGUCCGAUGAGGAAAUCGGAGUGCAAUACAAGCUCAUCAUCGCGUCGGGGAUGACCUGGCUCGUGGGCACUGUCUGCUGCAAACUAUCCAUGCUAGCCCUCUACACCACGCUCUUUCGCGCCUACAAACCCAUCCGCAUCCUCGUCUGGAUCGUCAGCGGCCUCGUCGGCGCCUAUUUUGUUGCUUUUCUCCCCAUCUUCCUCACCCAGUGUCACCCCAUCUCCUACGGCUGGGAUCCCGUACCCGGUGGCGGCUGUCGCUCGCUCACACUCCAGGAGAUCCUGUCGAUUGUCUUAAACAUCGUCCUGGACACCAUCAUCGCGCUGCUGCCCGUCCCGGCGCUCUGGAAACUACACAUGGCAAUCCGUAACAAGGUCACCAUCGGCGCCAUGUUCGGCAUGGGAUUAAUUGUCGUAGCCGUCAUGAUCUGGCGCCUCAUCAUCACCCUCGAUCCCGAUGUUAACAGCGACUUUGUCUACGGCCUCUCGCUCAUCGCCCUCGUCAGCUUCCUCGAGCUCUGGCUGAGCAUGAUAAUCGCCAGUCUGCCGGCCCUGGCUCCACUGUUUCGCCGCUACAUCGAACCGCUCUUCCCCUCCAAGCGGUUCAACCCCAAUCGUCCCAACCUGCGCGCCGCCGAACGUACCAUCGGCAGCGAUCCCACCCGCCGGCCGAGUGGGAUGCAGCACAGGUACGGCGACCCGGAGCUGGGCUGGUCGGCCGGGUACUACGCCAAGGUUGUUUCUGGGUCCAGGAAUAGCACGCAGCAGAGCGAUGACACGAAUGAGCUGGUGCGGAAUAUGCAACCGAAUGCGAUCCAGAUGAAGCGGGAGAUUUCGGUUCAGGCAGGAUAG